AUAAAAACCAUCGCCGGUAGGCGGGCGGUGCAUUUGAAACUAAGUAGUCGACGGCGCCCUUUGGACUCAACACUCAAGCGUUAUUAACCACUGCUAAAAAUAUAACAAUGGCAGGCGGAAAGGCAGGAAAGGACUCCGGGAAGACCAAGACAAAGGCUAUUUCGCGCUCCCAGAGGGCGGGCUUGCAGUUUCCAGUCGGUCGUAUCCACAGGCAUCUGAAGACCAGAACGACAAGCCACGGCAGGGUGGGCGCCACCGCCGCCGUCUACAGUGCAGCCAUCCUUGAGUACCUCACAGCUGAGGUGCUGGAGUUGGCGGGUAAUGCUUCUAAAGAUCUCAAGGUGAAGCGUAUCACCCCACGUCAUUUGCAGCUCGCCAUCCGAGGAGAUGAGGAGCUUGAUUCGCUCAUCAAAGCGACAAUCGCCGGCGGUGGUGUCAUCCCCCACAUCCACAAGUCGCUCAUUGGAAAGAAAGGACAACAGAAGACUGUAUAAACUGAAGUGUCUUUGAGUUGUUCCAUCUCAGGACAUGAAAUCGGCAUCACAUGUUCAAUGUAUUAGCUUAGUAUAAUGUAGGCAUAAUUGUAUGGUAUAGCUUGUAUUUACUCACCUGGGUUGUCAUUAAUGUGGCUUCAAAGAAGCCGAGAUUGUUAUGGGCCUCUUAUUAUUUUAUCAAUUUAUGUCUGUGGUGAAGUUUUAAUAAAGUUCAUAUGCCUGUAA